UGUCUCAGACUCAGAGGUAGAGAGUCAGAGCUGGUCGUCCGGCGGAUCUCAGCCUCUGAAACAAACCCCCGAUGUCUCCUCUCAUCCUCCCCCUCUCCCCCUUUCACCUACCCAGCUCAGUCUCUCUCCGGAGCCCUGGGAGCUUCUCUUUCUCUCUGUUUCCGUCCUUCUUUCUCCUCUCCACUCCGGCCAAGACUUUCAGCUGUAGGAUUUAGUUUUAUUUUCCUUGGUGAAGGUCUCUCCCGACACUUUUUCCCCCUUCUGCCGCCUUUACGCACCAAGGCUCGGUUCGGAUUUCACUGACAAGAACCCCCAGACUCGGCGAGGUGGAUCGGUGGAUGCGCCUCUUUGGCUCGGACUGGAGAUGGAAAUGCUGAUAUUGUUAUUUCAUUCCCUGUGGAUAUUGCAAUGCAACACAGUGAGGGCCGACUCCAUCAUCCACAUCGGUGCGAUAUUUGAGGAGAACGCUGUGCGGGACGAUGAGGUGUUUCAGCUCGCCGUUUCUGACCUGAGUCUGAGCGACGACAUCCUGCACAGUGAAAAGAUCACACACUCCAUUAAAAUCAUCGAGCCCAACAAUCCAUUCCAGGCAGUGCAGGAAGCCUGUGAGCUGAUGAACCAGGGCAUCUUGGCCUUGGUCACCUCCACUGGUUGCGCCUCAGCAAGCGCUCUUCAGUCCCUGACCGACGCCAUGCACAUCCCUCACUUGUACAUCCAGAGGAAUGGUGAUGGGUCUCCCAGGACUGCCUGCCAGUUCAAUCCGAGUGUGGGGGGACAGCGCUACACAUUGGCUGCUCGCCCACCUGUACGUCUUAACGAGGUCAUGCUGACACUGGUGGAGGAGCUACGCUGGCAGAAGUUCAUCGUCUUCUACGACAUUGAGUAUGAUAUCCGUGGCCUGCAGGGUUUCCUGGAUCAGACGUCCCGUCAGGGUGUUGACGUUGCUCUGCAGAGGGUGGACCGGAACAUCAGCAAAGUCUUCACCAACCUGUUCACCACCAUGAGGACCGAGGAGCUGAACCGGUACCGAGACACGCUACGCAGAGCCAUCCUGCUGCUCAGCCCCCAGGGGGCGCACUCCUUCAUCCAGCAGGUAUCCAACCUCUAUCUGUACGACAGUGUGCUGAUGCUGGCCAACGCCUUCUACAGGAAGCUGGAGGACAGGAAGUGGCACAGCAUGGCGAGCCUGAACUGCAUCAAGAAGUCCACCAAACCGUGGAAUGGAGGCUGGUCGAUGCUGGAGACCAUCCAGAAGGGUAAUAUCACCGGUCUGACAGGGACGAUGGACUUUAAGGACAGUGGCUCAAACUCUCAUGUUCAGUUUGAAAUCCUUGGCUCCAGCUUCAGUGAGACUUUCGGCAAGGACAUCAAGAGGCUGGCCACGUGGGACUCGGUUCAGAAACUGAACGGCAGCCUAAAGGAGAGUCGGAUCGAGAACGGCAUGCAGGGAGUCACAGUGAAAGUGGUCACUUUACUGGAGGAUCCGUUUGUCAUGGUGGCAGAGAACAUCCUCGGGCAACCGAAGAGAUAUAAAGGCUUCUCCAUCGAUGUCCUGGACGCUCUGGCUAAAAUCCUGGGCUUUAAAUAUGAGAUCUACCAGGUUGCAGACAGUAAAUAUGGCUCUCAGCUUCCCAACGGAUCAUGGAACGGGAUGAUUGGCGAUCUCAUCAACAAGAGAGCCGACCUUGCCGUGUCAGCCAUUACCAUCACACCAGAGAGGGAGAACGUGGUGGACUUCAGCAAGCGAUACCUAGACUACAGUGUCGGCAUCCUGCUGAGAAAACCCGAAGAGAAGAUAAACAUCUUCUCUCUGUUUGCCCCGUUCGACCUGGCCGUCUGGGCCUGCAUUGCUGCUGCCAUCCCGGUGGUGGGAGUCCUCAUCUUCCUCCUCAACAGGUUGCAGUCUCUGCGCUCCUCAUCCUCCCAGAAUGCACCGGGUCAGCUAUCCAACGAUGUGGGGUCAGGCACACUGCACAGUGCAAUCUGGAUUGUUUAUGGAGCCUUUGUGCAGCAAGGAGGGGGCAGUGCAGUCGGCUCAGUGGCUCUAAGGAUCGUCAUGGGCAGCUGGUGGCUCUUCACUCUCAUCGUGUGUUCGUCCUACACGGCCAACCUGGCAGCAUACCUCACCGUGUCACGCAUGGACCAUGCUAUCCGAUCUUUCCAAGACCUGGCAAGGCAGAAUGAUGUGGACUAUGGGACGGUGAGGGACUCCGCUGUGUAUGACUACUUCAGGAACAAAGGCAUCAACCCUCUGGAACAGGACAGCACCUAUGCAGAGCUAUGGAGAACCAUCAGCAAGAGCAACGGCAUGGACUACUCUGUGUCGAGUCCGUCGGAGGGAAUCCGCAAGGCAAAGAAGACUCCCUACGCCUUCCUGUGGGACAUGGCAGUGCUGGAGUACACGGCGCUGACGGACGACGACUGCACCGUCACCGUGACAGGAAGCAGCGUGAGCAGCAAAGGUUACGGCAUCGCCAUGCAGCACGGCAGCCCCUACAGAGAUCUCUUCUCACAGAAGAUCUUGGAGCUGCAGGAGAAAGGCGACCUGGAUAUCAUGAAGCAGAAAUGGUGGCCCCGUAUGGGUCGCUGCGACCUCAGUAGCCACGCCAGCGCACACCCAGACGGCCGCUCCCUCAAGCUGCACAGCUUUGCUGGUAUCUUCUGCAUCCUGGCCGCCGGCCUGCUGCUGGCCUGCCUGGUGGCCGGGCUGGAAGCAUGGUGGAACAGCAACCGCUGCCGGCAGGAUCAGCCCAAAGAGGACAAGGAGGUGAAUCUGGAACAGGUGCAUCGUCGUAUGAACAGUCUUUUGGACGAGGACUUGGCCCACAAGCAGAUCCCCGGCCACUCUAUCGAGAUCUCUGCGCUGGACAUCGGCAGCAUGCAGCCCAGCCAGGCCUCUCUGGUACCGAGGCCGGAGUCAGUGCGGGACUACCCAUCCUCGGGUCUCUCUGUGACCACCUACCUGCCCGGGGAGGGGGCACAACCUCCCCCUCUCCCCCACCCUCACCAUGGGGGGACCCUAGGCAGGACACUGCCCUCAUCCCAGGGCCCUGGCAGCAUGUUGCCCCCACACCACCUUCUCAGCAGCACCAUGCAGUGCAAGCACAGGGCUCCCAAUGGGGGGCUCUUCCGGCAGAGCCCUGGCAAGACCCCCCUGCCAAUCUCUUACCAGGCAGUCUCCGCAGGACCCAUACCCGAAGCCAUUGAUGCCACCCACAGUACAUCCAUUUAAGGACAGGAAGGGUCAGUGGGGUGGGAAGUGGGGAUGGUCACGCUCUGAACUAUGGUCCUGAUUUGGAUGUGAGGUGGGUUGGACAGCUUUUGAUGGAUAAAAAACCCACAAAUGUACAAAGUAAAAAGAUUUUCUAUCACACCAACUGAUCUGAAAGGAUGUAAAAACAACAAAAAUAUGGUGAGGCAGGUGGCAACAUGGGUGGAGCAGUGGGUGGGGGUAGGGG